AUGACCAAAUCGACAAAGCUUCGGCAUUGUAAACAAAAAAAGAAGAAGCCGGAGAAGGCUGAGAAAUCGAAAACGCCGAUCGUGAUCACUGAGAAACCGUCGUUUGAAGACGUGGCAAUCACGUCAUCUACCACUGAUGGACUUCUCGGAUCAACCGACAGCGGAGGCUCGCGGAGCAAAUCUCGGAAUCGAAAACUUGGUGGACUUUGCUGUUGUACCGCCCAGACCGCCACUCUAUCUCCGAUUGAGCCAACGGAUUAUGGUGGUAUCGCUUCAACCAACAACAACGGCAUGAUUGGCAGUCUGUGCCGUGACAGUCGAGCACCGUCACGAAACUCCAGAAGCGGGUCAUCCAGAAGUCAGCAGGCAAAACAUCAACCGAUUGAUCCAGAUGAACCAUCGACAAGUGGGACUACAGACCGGAGACCUUCCACUCAUUUUAUGUUGGAUCUACCUGUGGUUUCGACUAGAUGUAAGUCUUGUUUGGAAAAAACUUCUGAUUUGGUUCUGGGAUGGUUUGAUGAUGUUCUGAUGGUUUCUGAUAUCAAAUCUAAUCUGGUUUAUCAAUCCAAAAAUAGUCAGAAACGGUGUUAUUCAUCCUCCAAAAUUUUUCAUCGAUUUCCAUAUCUUGUAUCGUACCUCAUCCAACAUUUUCCCUUCUCCUAA